UAUAAUCAUCCACUUAUUCACCUAGUUAAGAAGAAAGAAACUCAAAAAGAGGAUGAUGGAUAAGUCGAAGAGCUUCCACUAUGCUCUGCUUGCGAUAUUCACUCUUGCAGCAUUGAUUCAUGCUCAGGAUCAAUCAGACUUCAUUAGCAUAGAUUGCGGGAAAGCAGAAGGUCCUGACUCUACUGAUCUUGCUAAUGGCAUAAAGUACACUUCAGAUGAAAACUUCAUUGAUACAGGGUUAUCAGGGAGUGUAGAUCCCAAAUUCUUCAGCAAAGACUCUAAAGAUCCAUUUAAUACUGUGAGAAGUUUUCCAGAAGGUAACAAAAACUGCUACACCCUGAAUCCUACUCAAGGAAAAAACGGUAAGUAUUUGAUCAGAGCCGGUUUCAUGUACGGAAACUACGACGGAGAAAAUAAGACGCCACAAUUUGAUCUAUAUCUGGGGGGUAGUCUCUGGGAGACAAUAAAGCUGGACCAUGCUGACAGCACUUCAACCAACGAGAUCAUACAUGUUCCUUCAACAGAUUAUAUAUUUGUGUGUCUUAUUAAUACAGGCCUCGGAGUACCAUUUAUAUCAUCUCUAGAGCUUAGGCCCUUGAAUACUUCGCUUUACAAGACAGAGAAUCCGUCCACUGAAUCCCUUGCACUCCUAGCGCGAUUUGACUUGGGUUCUAAUCCUGAUCAACCACCAGUCAGAUACAUGGACGAUAUAUAUGACCGCAUUUGGACGCCCAAAAUCACUUCUGACUGGGAAACAUUGAGACCACCCUUGAUUAACAAUAUUGAUGCCCAAGCUCUGAAUGAUGCCCCUUACCGACCACCAGUUUCUAUAAUGACUACAGCCGUCAAACCAAAUAACGAUGAACAGAGCUUGGUCUUUUCUUGCUAUUUGUCUGCAGAUCCAAAUUACCGAUACUAUUCUUACAAGUAUUUUGCUGAAAUAGAGAUAUUACAGAGCAACCAAAUCAGAGAACUCAACUUGCGCGAAAACGGGGAACAAAUUUAUGGGCCUUAUAGGCCAGAAUACUUGUCCACAUUUACAGUCCCUUCGGGACCACUGAAAGCAGAAACCAUCAAGAUUGAAAUUACAAAAACUGAGAAUUCAACCCUUCCACCCAUUCUCAAUGCCGUCGAGGUCUACCGGAUAAGAGAUUUCUCGCAACCGUUAACACUCCAAAAUGAUGUGAAUGCUAUGAUGAGUAUAAAAAGAACCUAUCAAGUGAGAAAAAAAGACUGGCAAGGUGAUCCCUGCGCCCCUAAAAAUUACUCCUGGGAAGGCAUUAAUUGCAGCAGCUAUGAGAACAAUAGUCCUCUUAGAAUCAUUUCCUUGAACUUGUCUUUGAGUGGAUUGACUGGAAAGAUAACUCCAGCCUUUGCGGAUUUGGCAUCACUUCAAUAUCUGGAUCUAUCUUAUAAUAGCUUCAGUGGAUCAGUGCCUGAUUUUUUUUCUCGAAUGCCAUCUUUGAGAGUCUUAAACUUAAAAGGAAACGAGUUCACAGGAUCACUUCCAGCGGAACUCGAGAAAAGGUUGAACAAUGGAUCACUACAAUUAAGGAUGGACGACUUAAAUCAAAAUAAUACGCUGUCGCCUUCAAGCCAAAACAAGAACUCGGUUGUUACUCCCCUAGUAGCAUUUGUUGCUGCAACAUUGUCCGCAGUCAUUAUUGGAUUGGCUAUCUUCUGUGGCCUUAAAACAUGGAGGAAGAAUGUUGUUGGGAAGGGGGAAAUACUAUUAGAAAAUCAAAAUGAUUCAUUUGAAUCAAAGAAUCGGCAAUAUGCAUAUUCUGAUGUCAUAAGGAUUACCAAAAACUUCACGAGCGUUCUUGGAAAUGGAGGAUUUGGAACAGUUUAUCAUGGCUGCAUUGGGGAUAAUGAAGUAGCAGUGAAAAUGCUCUCUCCAUCAUCCGCACAGGGUUACAAAGAGUUCCAUGCAGAGGUAAAACUUUUAAUGAGAGUUCAUCACAGAAACUUGACUGCACUUGUUGGUUACUGCAUUGAUGGCAAAAAUAUGGGUCUUAUCUAUGAGUACAUGCCGAUGGGAACCUUGGAACAACAUUUGUCAGGUAAAAUUGAGUAUAUCUUGAGUUGGGAAGAAAGAAUGCGAAUAGCAGUCGAUGCUGCACAGGGAUUGGAGUAUUUGCACAAUGGCUGUAAGCCACCCAUGGUCCAUAGAGAUGUGAAGCCUUCAAACAUUUUAUUGAACGACAAGCUACAAGCCAAGAUAUCUGAUUUUGGCCUCUCCUGUGUAUUUUCAACUGAAAGUAGCACUACUAUAUCAACCGCUGUUGCUGGCACAGCGGGCUACCUUGACCCAGAGUGCGUGAUUAUGUCCAACCGGUUGAAUGAAAAGAGUGAUGUUUAUAGUUUGGGACUUGUUCUUUUAAAUAUAAUCACCGGCCAGCCAGUGGUAUUGAAAUCCUUCCGAAAUAUUCACAUAAUUGAAUGGGUUAAAUCCAGGCUUGCAGGAGGGGAUAUUAGAAAGAUAGUCGAUCCACGUUUAGGGGACCAUUUCAACAUCAAUUCAGCAUGGAAAGCGGUGGAAGUAGCACUUGCUUGUACUUCUCACUUUUCCUCAACAAGGCCAACCAUGAUCGAGGUAUUGAUGGAUUUGAAAGAGUGUUUGGCAAUAGAACUUGUUCAGAAUAAUAAUGAAGGCGAAUGCAAAGUUAACAGCAUUGUUAUGGAUACUGAAACUGCUCCCCUAGCGAGGUAGGUCGUAAAUUUUCUAGCUCUUGUGGAGCGUUGAAGUUUAGACUGUAGUGGUUCAAUCUGCGAAAUAUGGUAUAAUACUGUUGAUAUAUAUUGUCUUAUUAAUUGUUCAUUUAUGUUAUUAAGCUUGCAUGUAAUAAUAAUCAAACAAUCAUAGAUUCAUUUGAUCAACACUGGCUUCUAAUUAAUUGAGGACAUGUAACCUGAUGGUCAAGAAGGUUUAUUUUUUC